AUGUCAGCCAACCCAGGUCAUCAGAUUGGCGGAGUGCCCUCACCCAAAAGUGAGGCACAGGGCCACUCCACCCAGGGUGCCACUGCCCCCCAAAGUGCAGUUUCUAACAAAUCUCAUAAUAAUCCUAAUACACUAAUAACGACUAAAGGAAAGGCGCCGUCCCCAGGCAAAGCCCCUGAAAAGGCACCUGGCUUGCCGUUGUCUGUCUUGUCCGCCUCGUCUACCUCCGACUCGAGCAAUUCGGAAAGCAACACUAGCUCAAGCAGCUCUGACGGAAUGGAUGAGGACAGUACUGCCCCGAAGUCACCUAAUACUGCGCCAACGCCUCUCCGAGGCGAUCGAGCGACACCUGGCCCCUCCCAGCCAAUCAGAUCACCAAAAAUAAGGAAUAGCCGUCUCACGAAGGAUGUUCCGGACUGGAGCGAAGAGAUUGACAAUGCUGAACGCCGGAAAGAGGCGAAAAAGCGUAUAAAAGAGGAACGUUGGGCCCGCCAAAAAGAAAAACGCGCAAAAAGAAUUGAGAUAAGGUCCUCUGACCAAACUGCGCCGGGUACGUCACCGAAAGGUUCUGCGCUCACGCAGUCUGAGAGCGACCAAGUGUCAAUGUCUCAGAACGUAUAAAAGAGGAACGUCGGGCCCGCCAAAAAGAAAAACGCGCGAAAAGAAUUGAGAUAAGGUCCUCUGACCAGACUGCGCCGGGCACGUCACCAAAAGGUUCUGCGCUCACGCAGUCUGAGAGCGACCAAGUGUCAAUGUCUCAGAUACUGACCUCCCUGGUCUUCAUAUUAUAGAUACUACAGUGGCACCUGACGACCGAGCAGCGAAGCGCAAGCGCUCCAAAUUGCCUGCACGACCUCUCAGGCCCAAACCUACUUCAAGGAAGGAGAGCCCGGAGGCUGGUCCCUCCAACUCUACGUCUACCUCAAUAAGCUCUAAUUCUGUUAAUACGGCCUCGAAAGGCAAGCCCAACUCGAUUCCAUUGUUGAGCACUCGUUUGGCAUUGAGGAGCUGCUUGGCCAGCUUUACAAAUGAUGUCUCUGAUGCGUCUCAUCGACAAGCGAGCUGA